GCCGUUUCUCUGGAGUCUUGGUGCUCUUGGAGACUCGUUCCUUCUAAGAAGUUGUGGAAAUAACCAAAAUGGAGCCCGCUACAUACAAUAAGGCCCAGCCAGCCUUCAUCUACUUGAUGCAUCGCGUCUUCUCUCGUUUUUUCGCAUCGCGCGUUGCUGGCCGUGUGGGCCCUCUCCAAGUCCAACGCAUGCUGGAUUCCAUUCUGGUCACACCGUUCCACGCCGUGUUCGUUAAAACUCCGUUCCAUUUCCAAGAAUGCAGUUGAACUUUUGGACGCGCAACAUGUGACGUCAGUCUCUCGUUCCUCACCAUUCUCGCUCGUUGAAUGAAAUUACUGGAUUUGGGGUCGGGGGCUAUGGACCAUGAAUCGUUGUGACAAGCACGAGGGCGUCAUGAGUGGUUGUGACAGCGGCGAGAUGGACCCAAGCCCGAGCAGGAAACUCGACGCCGCGAUUCCGCUGCCUACUAGACCACCACGCACCUCGAGGACGGAUACCAUCACCUCUGCGGUGCGCAAAUUAUACCAGCGAGUUGUUCUUGAGCUCAUUCUGCGGCGCGAGGAGCUGCAGCCGUCAAAGGAGGGGAGACGCAUCCCCCUGAGACCGCACAACGUACAGUCACUCAUUGACGAGCGCCGGGGGCGCCCCUAUGUGUCUAACUCCAUCCGGACCUCUCGUUAUACCAUCUACGACUUUCUGCCGAAGCAGCUCAUUUUCCAGUUUACACGUCUGGCCAACUUUUACCUCCUUUGCGUUGGCAUCCCACAGACUAUCCCAGGCAUAAGUACGACAGGAAAUUUCACCACCAUUCUCCCGCUGUUGUUCUUUGUUCUGCUCAUAAUCUGCAAGGAGGGCUACGACGACUGGAAAAGACAUCGUCUCGACAAGGUCGAGAAUGCCAGGCCGGUGCUCACGCUGCGCCCAGCGCCCUCAACGAGGUUGCAUUUUGGAGAUGUGAACACCGGCUCCCAGCACCUUGAUGGCGCUAAUGGACUGCAGUGGUGCACCGUCAAAUGGAAGGACCUGAGGGUUGGCGAUGUCAUCAAAUUAGCCAGGGACGACGAUGUGCCGGCCGACAUCGUUCUCCUGCACACCGAUGGGGAGGAAGGCCUGGCAUACGUCGAGACCAUGGCACUUGACGGAGAGACAAAUCUCAAGAGCAAGUACGUGUCGCCGGUGCUAAAGGGAUGCACCUCGAUCGAAGCCAUAUGUGCUUGCCCUGCCGAGUUCGUCGUUGAGGACCCGAACCCGGAUCUGUAUCGGUUUGACGGCAGAGUGACCGUCGAUAAUGAAACGGUUCCCCUCACCCUCAACGAGGUCGUUUACCGGGGGUGCACAAUCCGCAACACUUCGAGUGUGACCGGCAUAGUCAUCAACACCGGGGAAGAGACCAAGAUCCGCAGAAACGCCAACCGCCAUCCCCGUGCCAAGAAGCCGGCGCUCGAAAGCAUGGCCAACAGGAUUGUUAUCACUCUCGUCAUCUUUGUCCUUUCUCUUACCGCGGGUUGCUCCGGGGGGUACGCCAUUUUUCACCGUACCUAUGAGCAGGUUACGUGGUAUUUGUCCGGCCUUGCAGUUCCAUGGUCGCAUAUCAUUCUCGGAUAUGCGAUCCAGUUCAAUAACGUCAUUCCUCUGGCUCUGUAUGUCAGUUUGGAAAUCGUAAAGUUGGGUCAGAUGUUUCUGGUCAAUUCUGACGUAGAAAUGUACGACGAAGCGUCACAUACCGCAGCAAGAUGUAACACCAACACGAUCCUGGAAGACCUCGGCCAAAUAGGCUAUCUGUUCUCUGACAAGACAGGCACCCUGACGGAGAAUGUCAUGAAGUUCCGCAAGAUGAGCGUUGCUGGGACCGCUUGGCUGCAUGAAAUGGACCUCGGAAAGGAGGGCAGGAACGCUGAGAAGGGGCUAAUGGACGCCAGGGGCCUAUGCUCAAAUGCAGAACAUGCCGAGGUCUCCCCUGUCGAGGCUGGGCCCUCACAGAUCUCUUUUGCCUUAAACACAACAACUCCCACCUCCCCUCGCCGAUCAUCGUCGCAUUGGCGGUCGACGGGCCGGCCUGACCAUGUCCAGCCCGCUCUCACUACCUCAGACUUGCUUGAAUACAUCCGACUCCGGCCAGACUCGACUUUCUCCAGGCGUGCCAUCCAGUUUAUUCUCGCAAUGGCCCUCUGUCACACUUGUCUCCCAGAGUCCAAGGAUGGCAAGAUCGACUUUCAGGCCUCUUCUCCGGACGAGCUUGCCCUCGUGAGAGCGGCGCAGGAUCUUGGCUUCUUAGUGAUCCAAAGGAGCACACAAGAAGUCACGCUCCGGAUAACCUGUGAGGGAGGAUACUCGGAGCGAACGUACAAGAUCUUGGACGUGAUCGAGUUCAGCAGCAAGCGUAAACGCAUGUCAAUAAUUCUGGGCUGUCCGGAUGGGGGUAUUUGGAUGAUCACCAAGGGUGCCGAUUCUGCCAUCCUCCCACGGCUGAGGAUGGCAGAUCUGGCGUCACAAAAGGCCAGAGAACUACGCCAAAGCCUCGAGUUCGAGCAUCAAUUACUGCGCAAGAGCGAGGCCCGUGAGCCACGCAACAGUUUCGGAGGUCGCGCAAGCCUGACGAUUCGGCGAAGCAUAGCACUCUCCCGGCAAGGUACUAUUGCUGGAGUCAGCAGCAAACGCCCCGAUGCGAGCAGAAGCAGGUCGUUAGAUAUCGACAAAGUCGUCCCUCUUUCUAAUGUCCGCCCCCUCCCUCGACUAGGCGCCCGCACAGUGUCCUUCGACACCUCACCAAAGACGAAUGUUAGCCCCGUUAACCCUUCGCUACACAUCCACCGCCUGCCAAGCAAGUAUGCCUUUCUCGAUGACCCCUCCAUCCGUGACGAUUCUACCAUUUUCACGCGCUGCUUCCGCCAGAUCGAAGAAUUCGCCACGGAAGGCCUUCGCACUCUUCUCUUCGCUCACAGAUUUCUGAGCGCACAAGAAUACAGCGAUUGGAAGAAGUCGUACCAUGCCGCUGAGACCAGCCUUGUCGACCGACAAGAACGUAUCGAAGCUGCCGCAGAGCUGGUAGAACAGUCACUCGACCUAAUCGGCGCGUCAGGAAUUGAGGACCAGCUGCAGCCUGGCGUCGCCGAGACUAUUGACCGUCUGCGGCGUGCCAAUAUCAAAAUCUGGAUGCUUACGGGGGAUAAGAGAGAGACUGCCAUCAACAUCGCUCAUUCCGCUCGUAUCUGUCGACCAGGGUCAGAUCUCUUUGUGUUGGAUGCUGCCAAGGGUGACCUCAAAGGACAGGUUCUCGCCGUGUUGGAGGACAUGCAGAUACAAGCCGAGACUAACGCCCCUCGCACCCCAGGCCACAAUGUGGUCGUCAUCGAUGGACACACGCUUGCCGCCCUAGAGGGACCCCACGCCGCCCAAACACGAGACAUGUUCUACCGCCUUAUCCUGAGAAUUGAUUCGGUAAUUUGCUGCCGCGCAUCCCCGGCUCAGAAAGCCCUCCUUGUCCGCGCUGUGCGCAAGGCAUCCUCCAGCUCAGCCAGACGAUGGCUCCCUUCGUUCUGUUCCGCGACAGGCCCGCUCACGCUCGCCAUCGGCGACGGAGCGAACGACCUGGCCAUGCUCGCGGCUGCGCACGUUGGGGUGGGCAUAUCCGGGCGUGAGGGACUGCAGGCCGCACGCGUGGCCGACUAUGCCAUCGCGCAGUUCCGAUUCCUCGCGCGCCUGCUACUUGUCCACGGCCGCUGGAACUACGCACGCACCGCCCGCUUCGUCCUCGCCACCUUUUGGAAGGAAAUGUUUUUCUACCUGCCCACCGCCCUCUACCAGGGCCGCAACGGCUACACGGGUACCAGUCUGUACGAGUCAUGGAGCUUGACGGUGCUCAACGUGCUCUUUACGAGCCUCUGUGUCAUUGUCCCGGGCGUGUGGGAGCAGGACCUGGCGGCCGAGACAUUGCUUGCUGUGCCUGAGCUGUAUGUCUUUGGGCAGAGGGAUGCGGGGUUAAACGUGGUGGACUACUGUUGGUGGAUGGCGGCUGCUGCCGGAGAAGGGGUUUUGGUGUGGUUCUUGUGCUGGGGGUUGUACGGUGGUUUGGGCGGUCCGGUGAGGGAUGGGGGCCUCUACGCCCUGGGAAACCUGGUGUUCUCGGUGAAUAUGAUGUGGAUCAACUUGAAGCUUCUAAUCCUUGACACGCAUUGCAAGACUGGAAUCGUCCUCUUCUCGUUUGGCAUCACCACCGGCGGCUGGUGGAUCUGGCAGGUAUUUCUGGCGGGAGUGUAUGCCCCUGGAGUCUGGCCUUACGCGGUCCGCAACGGCUUCUUUUCGGGGUUCGGCGCAGACGCCGCCUGGUGGGCGGCGCUGAUCGCGGUUCUAGGACUUCUUACAUGUUUGGAACUGGCCUACCGGUCGGUCAAGCGCAACCUGAUUGUGGCGGGGUUGUGGAGGUGUGGCUGGAAAUGGCUUGAAUGGUCGACGUGGAGAAGGGCAUUCGGCCGAUCGGCGGACGCCGGCGGUCUGUGGACCGAGGAGGCGAUGAGGGGUGGCAUGGAGGAGUGGGACGUUGAGCUGUGGCAGACGAUGGAGCAGGAUCCGGCCAUUCGGGCGGCCCUGCGCAGAAUGAGUCGGUUGGGUUAUGAUGAAUUGGUGGAUAGUGAGGCUGAAGGAGUGGACAGCACAGUUGUGGACGCCAAUGUGUGAUAGUCGGCGGCAGUUUUCGGUCUGCAUGUUUCCGUAUCGAGAUACCCUUCUGUGUGCGAUUAGACGAGGGGUCUAGAGUCCCAUAAAGUCAU